UAGAAUUCGCCCAUCUGGCUCAACAACGCAUGGAAACUGUGCCGUCCCUCACUCUGGAGCGAAAACUGGACACCACACCUGUACGGUCUGGUGAAGAUCUGGACGCCGCACGGCAACUGAUCUCAUCCGCUAGAGGAAUGCGUCCGAUUCUAGCUUUUCCACAACAAGACAGAGUGUUGCCAAAUGGCAAUGAAGAUUGGCAAAGCACAAAUAAGCCAGCUAUGUCGGAUACAAUGGAUAUGAUGCCGGAUCAAACAACCUUGGAGGUUGAUCGUAUCAUGUCGAGAGGGCCACAGCGAUCACCGAAACCGUUGGGGCGCGACACGGCUUUUCUAGGACAUUCAUGCAGCAACUGCGGUACUAAGAGUACACCGUUGUGGCGGAGGUCUCCAACGGGUGCGACAAUUUGCAAUGCUUGCGGACUCUAUCUAAAAGCUAGAAACGUUCAUAGACCCACGAAAAGGAAUCGAAAUCGCCCGCAAAUAACAACGCCGGGCCCAAAUUCAGAUUCGCAUAGCGCAUCACCGGAUCCAACCACGGCUCCAGUUCAAAGCGGCUGCGGUUCUGGCUCAACAGGGUCAUGUCCUGGUGGAGGAAACUGCAAUGGAACUGGUGGUGCAGAAGGUUGUGAUGGCUGCCCAGCUUACAAUAAUCGACUUUUCAAAUCUACUGCCCGCGUAUCAAGCCAGCCUUUGCAGGCGCAACCUACCGGUGAAACCGAGCAACCGCCAAACUCGUCAGGGGCUGAUUCGAAUGUCCCCAGUGCCGAAAAUGGUGGAGAUUUGCUGGUCGCAUGUCAGAAUUGCGGUACUACAGUAACGCCAUUGUGGCGACGAGACGAGAAUGGCCAUCCUAUCUGCAAUGCUUGUGGUCUGUAUUAUAAACUCCACGGGUGUUAUCGGCCAACCACGAUGAAGAAGUCCAUCAUCAAACGACGUAAACGAGUGGUCCCUGCCAUGCGUGAUCAUUCACCAGGUUUCGGGACUCAAUCUGAAGGCGAAUCUUCCGCGUCUCCAGAAGCACAUCCUGCUAGACUCACACAUGGGCUCGAUCGGCCGAUGUUGGCACCACCACCUGUCGAUUUCACAGGGUACAACAUGAGCGCAGCCGCUACGCUUCCUCAUCAUCCUGGUCCCCGUCUUCCAGAACUACAAUCUACAUUCCAGCGCCAAUCACACUCCCCAGGCGCGGCUUCUGUUACUAGAGACGGCGACACUCUUCCACCUAUUGAAUCAUCCAAUCAGCUCCCUCCCAUCAUGUCUCAGAUGCACCCUACGCAGCCAGCGCGACUCAGUCCUAUUUCCUCGAUAUUAAACCCCGGAGCCAAUCCAGCAAAUACCAACAAGAUGCCUCCAGGUGAUGGAUAUCGGCAUUCGCAAUCUCCUCCUAUUCCGUCCCCCGGACAGUCGGAUGCUUAUAAGUACGAGCGACGAGUCCAGCUUCAGCGAGAGGCAGAGUUAAUGCGAGAAGCACUAAAAGCAAAAGAACGCGAAUUGGCUGAAUUGGAGUAGCGACUGAUAAUGACGAGUUUCAUGUAUAUGAAUAUGUUAGAUUAUACCCAUAUUACUGCUUUGAUUAGCCGAAAACCCACUUAGUUGAAUUGAUCACUAUAUACAGUAGAACUUUGCAUAACGAAAGG